AUGUCUGCCAUUCAAGAUCCUGAGCUUGCAAAGACAGAUCUCAAAGUUACGCAUUCUACAUCAUCCGAUGCUGCGCCCGUCCCUAUCGAGGGUGAAACUCAACACCUCGCUACCUACGAACAUGAACGAGCGUUGACAUGGAAGUUCGACCUUCGCAUGCUGCCAAUCUUAUCUUUUGCAUAUUUAUUUAAUGCCUUGGACAAAGGAAACCUGGGUAACGCGAAGACUGACGGCAUGGACAAAGAUCUUGGGUUCAAGGGCAACCAGUACAACACGAUGCUGUCGAUCUUUUACGUGCCGUAUGUGAUCUUUGCUCCACCCGUUGGCAUGCUUGGAAAGAAGUACGGGCCACACCGCGUUCUCCCAAUUAUGAUGUUCUGCUUCGGCAGCGCAACACUGCUGGCCUCUUCAGUACACAACUGGAGCGGCAUGAUGGCACUGAGAUGGUUCCUGGGUAUGGCUGAAUCCGCUUUUUUCCCUCUUGUCAUCUACUACCUUACGACCUUCUACCGACGAGGCGAGCUCGCGCGACGACUGGCUCUCUUCUACGCUGCGUCCAACAUUGCCAACGCCUUCUCCGGGCUGCUGGCUUUUGGCGUGUUCCAGAUAAAAUCGAAGCUGGACGGCUGGCGGUAUCUUUUCAUCAUCGAGGGUGGUCUGACAGUCUGCUUCUCCUUCUUCGCAUACUGGUAUCUCCCGGAGUCGGCGCACAAGGCCAAGUUCCUGACUGAAGCCGAUAAACAACUCGCGUACCAACGCAUCCAGAUCGACAGUUCCUCGGUCGUGAACGAGAAGUUCAACUUCAAGCACGCUAUCGGCAUCUUCAAGCACCCAUCGACAUACGGCUUCCUUAUCAUCGAGAUUUGCCUUGGCGUACCACUGCAGUCGGUCUCGCUCUUCCUGCCUCAGAUUGUCGGGCGCCUGGGUUACGACAAGAUCAAGACCAACCUCUACACGGUGGCGCCAAAUAUCGUGGGCGCUUGCGUUCUACUCAUUCUGGCCUUUGCGUCCGACCAUGUGCGCCUUCGGUUUCCCUUCAUCGCACUGGGCUUCCUACUCACAUUCAUUGGGUUCGUCAUCUAUGCGACCAUCGACGUCGAGCACAAUCUUACGGUCGCAUAUUUCGCGUGCUUCAUGAUGACGUGGGGCACAUCUGCUCCCUCUGUGCUGUUAUCGACAUGGUAUAAUAACAACGUCGCGGACGAGAACCAGCGUGUCACGCUGACCUCGGUUGGUGUGCCGCUGGCGAACUUGAUGGGGGUGGUCAGCAGCAACAUCUUCAGGGCGCAGGAUGCGCCAAAGUAUAUCCCGGCGCUGGCGACUACGGCGGCGUUUGGAGCGGUUGGGUGUGUGUGUGCGCUGCUGCUGGGCACAUACAUGGUGCUGGACAAUGUGAGGAGGAACCGGAAGCAGGGCGUCAGCCUGAGCGCGAGGGAUGUGAGUACACAGAAGUUGAGGGAUGGACCGAAGAGUGCGGAUUUCAGGUGGUUCUUGUGA